CUCCCUCCCUCCCUCUCCCUCCCUUCCUCCCCCUCUCCCUCUCCCUCUCUCUCUCUCUCUCUCUCUCUCUCUCUGCCCUGCUGUGAGUAGGUGGUUCCUUGCUCCACUUGAUUGGUGUGACUCUAUAUAGGAGGAGAGACGCUCUAACAGGCUCAGAGUCUGGUGGUGCCCACUUGCCACACGUUCCCAAUAGGACUACCUGUUUUUUUUUUCUCUGACUUUUCCUGAGAGGAUUUACUUUGUUCUGACAGCAUGACGGAGAACAAGAGGAAAGAUAGGAAAGGGAGAAAGAAGGGGGGUAAGAAAGGACAAAAGGAGAAAGAGGCCGAUCCCACUAAAGCUGCGGCUCCAAAGUUAAAACCGAUGAAGAAUCCAAUAAUAGUGGACGAGGGAAAAAAGCUCACAGUUAAGUGUGAGGCCACAGGGAACCCUCUCCCCACCUACAGAUGGUUCAAAGAUGGCAAUGAGCUGAAGAAAAACAAAAAAGUCAAAAUAAGGAACAGCCAGAAAAACUCCAAAGUCCAGAUCAGCAGAGCAAAACUGGAGGAUUCUGGGAAUUACACAUGUGUGGUGGAGAACCCGCUGGGGAAGGACAACUCCACUGGCACUGUUAACGUCCAAAGCAUAACCACAACGCUAUCUCCAGGCUCAGGCCAUACCAGAAGAUGCAACGACACAGAGAAGGCCUACUGUGUGAAUGGCGGCGACUGUUACUUCAUAGAUGGUGUAAAUCAGCUCUCCUGCAAGUGUCCAAAUGACUUUACUGGUGAUCGCUGUCAAACCUACGUUAUGGCCAGUUUCUACCAGCAUCUUGGGAUUGAAUUUAUGGAGGCAGAGGAACUCUACCAGAAAAGAGUCCUGACAAUCACGGGUAUUUGUGUGGCUCUGCUGGUGGUGGGCAUCGUGUGUGUGGUUGCCUACUGUAAAACCAAGAAACAAAGAAAGAAGAUGCACAAUCAUCUGCGACAAAACAUGUGUCCAGAACAUCCCAAUCGUAACCUAGCUAACGGACCCAAUCACCCAGGACCAGGCCCAGAGGAAAUCCCCAUGGUAGAUUACAUAUCAAAGAAUGUCCCUGCAACUGAACGAGUCAUACGGCCUGCAACAGAGGGAUCGUUCCCUGCAAGCCAUGCCUCUUCAAGAUCUCACAACUCCUCCACACGAGCCCAUUCAUCAACUCACAGACAUGAGGAACGGACAUGGAGCCUGGAACACUCUGACAGCAUCCUCUCUGACUCGCCGGGAAUGAUGUCAUCAUCCGUGGGGACCAGUAAAUGCAGCAGCCCAGCGUGCAUGGAAGCGCGGGCACGGCGCGCUGCACACUGUGGUUACUCUGACCCCCAUCGGCCAGGCCUGCAGUACGGGGACUCCUUUGACUCGCUGGGAGACUCUCCGCACAGCGACAGAUAUGUGUCAGCCCUGACGACACCAGCCCGCCUCUCGCCAGUGGAUUUCCAUUACUCAUUGCCCCCGCAGGUGCCUACCUUCCAGAUCACAUCCCCCAAUGCCAGCCAUGCCAUGUCCCUCCCUCCUGCUGUCCACAACCCCUACCCUCUGGAGGAUGACCAGCCUCUGCUGCGCCGCUACCAGGUGCCCCUACACGAUGCCCAGUGCCAGGAGCCCUACCGGCAGCAGCGUCGUACCUAUCUAAAUGACAGCAGGGGAAGCCUGCCCUCCAGCCCCUACCGGCUGGCUGAGGACGAAGACUAUGAGACCACCCAGGAGUAUCUCUCCUCUCGGGAGCAACCAAAGAGAAGUGGGUCCAGUGGAACUGGUAGCCGACGCUGGCGGAGAUCCAGACUGAAUGGCCACGUGGCCCCACGUGGAUAUGAGGCAUCUCGAGACUAUGGGUCUCGAAGCUGCCUAACAGAUAGUGAGUCAGAGGAGGACGGUGAGAGCACGCCCUUCCUCAGUAUGCAGAAUAUGAAUGCCGAGCCCUCCACCAUCUACAGGCCGGUGGACAGUCGGACUUCUCACUCAUCGGGGCGGCACAGUGGGCAUGGGAACAUGCAUACAAGACUUACACACUCACGCUCCAAACCGGACAAUACACCCCAUUAAAGAGUGAAAAUGAACCAACAAAAAUCAAUAUAGUAUAGACCUGCAUCUAUAAGAAAUAUUUUUAUUUUAUAUAACUGACAGAUAUUCUAAACAAAUGAAAUAUUUAUUUUCAUUUUAGCAAAAGUUGUCUACUAGUUAACAGCAAAGACUUUUUUAUAGGGAAAACUCUAUUUAUAUGUACAUUUUGAUUUACAGCAUAAAAAGAUGUGCCAGUUUUUUCACAACGUAAAAAAUAGAGUAAUAUUGUGGUGCCUUUUGCUGUAUGCCGAUGCCAGAGGGCCAGUGGAGGUUUUUGUAGCCUUUCUUAUAUGGACGCCUCAUUUUUUAUACACGUUUCUGUUUUUUUUUCCUCUCUGGUUUCCUGUUUUACUUUCUUUCCAAGUUGCAUUCUUUGAGGAGUCUAGCCCCACUGGAACAUAACCCCUUCCAUAUCACGCAAUAUAAACCACUUCAACAUAAAGUGUAUGUUUACAUUAAUAUGAUUCGCCUGUAGGGUUUAUGAUUUGGGAUUUAAUAGAACGCCUGAUAAAUACAAUGUAAAUCCUUUUUUGCCCUCUGACUAAUGUCUACCGAGAGAGAGAGAAAGAGAGAGAGAGAGAGAGAGAAUGUGUGUGCGCACGUGUGUAAAUGCCUGAGUGUGUGUGCGUGCGCGCAUGUCAGUUUGCUUGCAUGUAUUUGUGAUUGUUAGAUGAAUUUCAUUGUUUGUUGUGGUAACAUCAGAUGUGUGUGGGUCUACUGGUGUCUCAGCAGUCUGACAAAACAGUGUCUCAGAGGUUCACAGAAUAGUGCUUUAUCAGAACAGUGACACCCCCCCCCCCCCCCACUCCAAGUGUAGGUGGACAGGUAAGGCUGCUGUAAGGUUGUAUGUUAUUCAGGUCAUUGCUUGAUGUGUUUACAGCUAUUCUGCCCCCCCAUCCCCCCCACCCCCACCCAUUGCCCAGCCUGCCCCAGUUAAGUCCCUUUUAUUUCUCAGCAGGUCGUUUCUCAUGUUAGCCUGUUGCGAGGCCAACUGACUCUGAGCUGCUUGGCACAGGGUGACCCCUGCCAUCAGAGGUGGUGGCAAAACAAAAAAGAUUGCAUCUGUUUUCACUCAACUCUGACCCCCAAUCUCACGCCUCAUCAUCCUUCUGUGUCCAUUCUGUUUUUGUGGCUCGUGUUAAAAGGCCACACAGUGUCUCAGGAUUUCUACAUGCCCUCCACCCCUCCCCACCCCACCCCCGCCCAGCUCUCCGUCCACCUAAACCCUGUUCACCCUCUUCCUCUACUUAAGGUCUACCUAAGACUAAGGUUCUCAUAUGUCGAGGGCCUAAAUGUUAACAUACAGUCUACCACUUCCCUGAACACUCCCAUAGAGAGAGAGAGAGAGAGAAGGAAAGUCAAGUGGAAGCAGCUCAGUGGAGAACAGUACAGAUCAUACUAGACAAUAUAAAAUGAAAUAGCUGUGAAACUUUGGAGGAUCAUACAAUGCAAAAAUAUGCAAACUUUCUAUUUUGCUGUUUGAUUACAUCAUUUUCUAAGAGGUGACUGUAGUGUGUUGUGUGUGAAAAAACUAUGUGAUGCCUAUAGUAUAGAAUGAAACAUGAUAUAAAUGCAUAUUUACGUGAGUUAUUUUUUAAAGCCAUUAUGCAGCCAUCUAUCAAGUUGUCAGCCUUUCUUGUUCACAUACUCAUGUCCAUUGAAUGACUGUGUCCAUUACUUAUUUUAUCACUUGGUUUUAGACCGCUCCACUUUACAUGCACACUUCCAAGUAAUGUCAAAUAGCAUCCAAAUAGUGUCUCCUCCAAUAGUACUGUGUACUGCUUUGUCUCGUUGACAGAUCUAGUCAUUUCAAAUUUAGUCCGUAAAUGAUGAUAAUUUAAAAAGUAAACAAAAUAAUUUAAGCCCUCUGUCCUCCACUGAAGGAAAAAUAAAUAUUUUAAAGAUAAAUUCAAGAAACGCCAAAACCAUUGCAAGAGACUCAGUGAGAGAGGGCAGUCGAUGAUGUUUCAUCACUGUUGGUAUGUUUCUACUCCUCGUAAAAAAAAUUUUUAAAAAAGACAAAAAAAACAACUGAAUGCUGAAUUAUCACGUGGUCAUUGGUUUUAAAAAAAAACUUUUAAAAAGAUUGAUCUGCAAUUCUAUCUGCUAUAUGGUAAAUGCACAGUGGUAUUGUAAUAGAGAAUGGUCAAUGGUCACACCUCACUUGCAGAUCUUCUCUCACCUCUGGGUCUAAUUUUGUAUGUCUGAAAAAUGCAAAAGAAGACAGUGCUCCUCUAGUUUAAAUGUGAUACUCCCUUCACUUUGCCAGUCCUCUCACCCAAUUGAGAUGCUACCGGGCACGUCCUGCCAGUCUCUUCUGUUUAAUUUUAUGACACCCCCCCCCCCCACACACACACACACACACACACACACCCACUCCCUCCACACACCCCAAUCCCACCCCCACCCCACUUCCCCCACCCGACCCCACCCUCGCUUGAAAUGUUUGAACACCUCUCCUCUGCAUGUCCUUGUGGUCAAGGUUAGAUGGGUGCAUGGUAAAAAAGCAGCAGACAAUUCUUUUCCAGUCAGUGAAAGUGUAUUUCAUUUAACAUUCAGCAAUAAAAAAGAACCUUUCCCCAUGUCAUUCCUGAAAUAUGCUAGAAAAAAAAGAAAAAAAAUGCGAGAUUGUCAUAGAUUGUAAAAUAAAAUGAAAAAUGAAUCCACCUGUUCAUAUGAGAAAAUAAAUCUUUAUUCAUAUCA